UUAUCCUCAGCCCAUCAAUGACACAGUGACUUCAAUCAUAGCAAUCUCAACACUAGGUCCACUUCCACAUUUCGAGAGAGACCAACAGCGCCAAACCGCAAGAUGGAUGGCGUUGCAGGCGUUUUGGUGCUGCUCCUCUGCAUCAUCUUCCCCCCUCUGGGCGUCGGUCUCAUGGCCGGCUGUGGUGCGGACUUACUGAUCAACCUCUUCCUCACCAUCUGGCUCUGGUUCCCUGGCGUAAUCCAUGCUCUCUACCUCCUCUGGGUAUACUUCGACCGGCGAGAAAAGUACAAGAUCGGCAACCGCCCAAUCGAGCGAGCACCCUUUGUCUACAGUGAGAAAGUCCAGACCGGGGGAAUGGGGGGUUAUGGCACCGUCAUCAGGCCUACAGGCCAGUAUACGGCUCUAUAGAGUGUAGUCUAAGUCAGAAAGACUGAGGACGUGACACGUUUUUCU